AUUUCUCGACAGGAUCCUCUGGAUUUAGGAUUUGUCUCCAGUGCAAGGACUGAGAACUGAGAAUUGAGGACUUCCCAACUAAAGACUGAAAGGGGUAGAUUCUACUGAUGUCGAGUAGAUCUACACGGCUAUGAACUGUGAAGAUUUAGUAAGAAGCUGAAUUGAACUCAGUGGGCUGGGCUGCAAGUGGUGACAACUUCACGUAGAAUCUAUUAGAAAGAUACUUGAAAUGGCUUUUGUUGUUGGGAGUCUUUUGAGGGUUCUGACAAGACCUCUUCAACAUAUGUCUUCAAACGCUGCAUCAUUGGGUUGUAACAACAGAUCUGCACACCGAUGUAUAUCUACGGCUUUCAACCAGGAUUUUGCUGGUAGAUACAGUGCGUUGCCUUUGAAACAAGACUUGUCAAAUGGACUGUGUGCAGCACAACCAGUUAUAAAGCAGUGUGUGCGAACCAAGGUCAGGGUCUAUUACAAAGGCAGUGCCUGGAAACGAUACAACAAGCAUAACAUAGAGAAGAGACUCACGUCGCCAGGUGGUUUGGAAGUUCUCUGGAGGAGAGUUCUGAAGGGCAAGCACCAGCUGGCAGUUUAUGAACGCAUCUUACCCAACACUGUAAAUAGUAAGGUUUUACCUCCUCACCAUUUCAAGUAUAGACCGCAUCCUAUUACCAAGACAAAAUUGCCAAAGAGAGAACUGUUGUAGAAGCCAUAUUGUGAGAAUGUUUUGCUGCUUAAAUGUGUAAGCUGAGGUUCAAACUCAUGCAAAUGAAUUGAAUGUGAAUCUAGAAAGGAACUAAUAAACAAAUAGAUCUCUUCAA